UCAGUGAUCGGGUGUCACAGCGACAGGUAGUUGUGUCGCAACUCAUUAGGGAUUUUUCGAAGCUAUAAGUCUGAAUCAUCGUAUCGCGCUGAGUCAACGUGGUGUGCGUACUAUAAGUGACGUUUGCUUGUGUCCUGGUGUGACCAAAUAUUUUUUAUGCACGCUAUGAGUGACCCUGCUGCCCUUGCUGGCAUGCUACCGUUUGAUUCCAUUGGUUUAUACGAACAGCCGAAACCAAGGUUCAUAUUCAAAAUGCCAAGAGUUGUUCCAGACCAGAAAGCGAAAUUUGAAUCUGAUGACCUAUUUAAAAGAUUGAGCAGAGAAAGUGAGGUGAGGUACACCGGUUAUCGUGACCGUCCACCAGAAGAACGGCAGAUGCGGUUCACCAGCGGCUGUAGAGAGGGCCACACAGAGAUUGCGUUCACUGCCACCGGAACCAACCUACAGCUCGUGUUCGACCACUCGCCCUACAAUAACCGGGGUUGUGAUUUUCAAAAGGAAAACGGAAAGGCACAUAUAGUAUCCAGAUUCAUUAUGAACGGAGUGUGUGUACGAUGGCGUGGUUGGAUUGAUCUGGAGCGGCUUGACGGAGCUGGUUGUCUGGAACUUGAUGAAGAGCGUGCCGCCAUAGAAGAUGCUGCACUCCGAGAUCAAAUUGAACGCUACAACCAGCGUUUAAGAGAUUUCGAAGAUAAACAACGAGCCUAUCGAGAACACGGCGAGGAAUUGCGCGCUCAUUCUCAUGUUCACGCACAACGUUGCCACCAAGCUCGCCAGCCACCGCAUGCCGCCCACCCUCCUCACCCCCAUCCGCCCCACCCCGUCCACAUUAAACCACAUUCACAAGGCGCGCUUAUAUCUUAAAUUAUAAUGCAAUAAUGAAGUCCUAAUAAUGGACUGAUUGUUAUUAUUGUCAAAAUUAAAAAGUUUCAGAAAGGGUCAUAAUACUUAAAAUUAGUACUUAUCUAUGAUGUUUAAUUGGCAUAGUACUGUUAAUCCACUGAGUAGAUAGACAUUUUCAUUCCAAAAAAACAUUGAUAAUCUUUAA